CGGCACGUUUCUGAUUUCGCUUUCUAACUCUCAAAUCCCAUUUCCCACCCCCAAACCCUAAAUCCCAAAUCCAAUUUUAGCCCUCUUUCUUUCACCCUCCACGCAUGUCUCUGUAUUUUCGGACGCCAAAUUAACCCAAAAUUUUAAUUAAAUUUUCAAUUAAAAAUUAGAGAGAAAUUAAAGAUAAUUAAAACUGGAAUAAGGAAAGAGCAAACAUGGUAGUUGAUGAUAUGCUGGAGAUGAGCAUCAUGGUCGCCUCUGGAGGUUCCACUUGCUUCCGCUUCCCCGAUGCUUAUCCCAAAAGGGUUUUGAUGGAGGGGAGAUAUAGUGGGGAUUGAUUGAUGUGAUGAAGUUCUUUCUUUGAAUUGUUUUUGGAAAAAUGGAAAUAUUCAAUCCACCAGCAACAAUCCCCACCCAGGAGUUGUUCAGCUGAAAUGGGAGAUUCUCUGCUCACGGCCCUGUCAAUGGAGAAUCACCACCCGUCCACGUUAUUGUCCAUGGAUUCCAGCGCUUCCUCUCACGACGAAUUGGAUUUGGAGAUGAAUCGACAGAUCAUACUUUCCCGCCCCCCUGAUAUCAACUUGCCCCUGUCAGCCGAGCGCAGCCCACCUCCGCCUUCGUGGAAUUCAGACGCUUGUGAUAUUCUAGAUGUUGGGCUUGGUCCCCAGGUGUAUGAGACCGAGACUUUGCUGACGAUCCCCAAGGCUGGACGGAAAUGCGCCAAGCGAGUAGACAGCAUAUGGGGCGCUUGGUUCUUCUUCAGUUUUUACUUCAAGCCCGCAUUGAAUGAGAAGUCAAAGGCCAAAAUUGUCCGGGACAGCAACGGGGUUUCUGGGUUUGAUAAAUCUGAUCUCAAGCUCGAUGUUUUCAUGGUGCAGCAUGACAUGGAGAACAUGUACAUGUGGGUUUUCAAGGAGAGGCCUGAGAAUGCGUUGGGGAAGAUGCAGCUAAGGAGCUACAUGAAUGGGCAUUCCCGCCAAGGGGAGCGUCCAUUUCCAUUUAGUGUCGACAAGGGUUUUGUUCGAUCUCACAGGAUGCAGCGGAAGCAUUAUCGGGGUCUUUCAAACCCCCAGUGUGUGCAUGGGAUUGAGCUUGUUCGGACACCUAAUUUGAUUGCUCUUGAUGAAGAAGACCGUAAAAGGUGGAUGGAGCUGACUGGGAGGGAUGUGAACUUCACAAUUCCUACAGAAGCGGGCGAUUUUAGUUCGUGGAGAAACCUUCCGAAUACAGAUUUUGAGCUUGAGAGGCCACCAGCUCCAAUAAAGAGCGCGCCCAAUUCCCACUCAAAGAAACUUCUGAAUGGAUCUGGGCUCAAUUUGUCUACCCAGUCAUCUAACAGCAACAAUUCUGAUGGAAUGGACCUAUCUCCUGUCAGCAAGAGGAGGAAGGAGUUAUUCCCCCACGGGAAUGAUGAUGAUUGCUACCUGGCUGUUAAUCCUCUGUCUGAUCGAAUCCCGGAUACGGAAACCCACCCAAAUGAGGUGCAAUGGCCAAAUCAAUUUAGUGGCGUAAUGAAGAAUGUCUACGGGCCUGUUACAGCUUCCAAAACAAUCUACGAGGAUGAUGCAGGUUAUUUAAUCAUCAUCAGCUUACCCUUUGUGGAUCUUCAGAGGGUGAAAGUUUCUUGGAGGAAUACUCUUACUCAAGGCAUCAUUAAGGUAUCUUGUAUAAGCACGUCCCGCUUGCCGUACAUCAAGAGACAUGAUCGGACUUUCAUGCUUACGGAUCCAGCCUCUGAGCAUUGUCCCCCAGGAGAGUUUGUCAGAGAGAUCCCGCUUGCCACCCGCAUUCCUGAAGACGCUAACAUAGAAGCUUACUACGACGGGCCAGGUUCUGUGCUUGAGAUUAUGGUUCCAAAACUCCGCGCCGGGCCAGAAGAACACGAGGUUCGUGUUUGCCUCCGCCCUCACCUCGGGGGCAACGAUCUUAUGUUGACUUGAGAUUAGGCAUUCAUAGAGAUCUGUAAGGGUUUAUUGUCAUGGUUGGUGCAUUGUUCUACUAACUUUUGUACCGUAAAGUGUAUUGCAUGAAGGAAAACAAAAAUGUGCUUCUCACAUUUGUCUUUUCAGUUUUUGCUACUAAUCUAUGCAUCUGGUUAUGGAUUGACUCUCA